GUCGUUCUCUUUCUGUCGUGGCAUCUGGAGGUGAGUGAAGUUCUCGCUUACGUUGUGAAUAUCCGUUUAAUAUUGGUGUAAAACGAGUGCAUCGGUGAGUAGAUAUUGUUUAUUUUGGUCGCACGUACAUUUUGGAUUGCCGAUAUUACAAUAUUUGUUCAUGUGCUCAACUAUUUAUAUAUUUUUGUGUCUACUGAAGUUGUGUUUCGACAUCUUGGAACCGGUCGACGAGACCGCAUGCUUUCCUAUCACGCUACUUUAAAAGCCUACCACAAUGGGAAAGGAGAAGAUUCACAUUAACAUUGUCGUGAUCGGACACGUAGACUCCGGCAAGUCCACGACCACAGGACAUUUGAUCUACAAAUGCGGUGGUAUCGACAAAAGAACCAUUGAGAAGUUCGAGAAGGAAGCCCAGGAGAUGGGCAAGGGCUCCUUCAAGUACGCGUGGGUGCUGGACAAGCUGAAGGCGGAGCGUGAGCGUGGUAUCACCAUCGACAUUGCGCUGUGGAAGUUUGAGACCAGCAAGUACUACGUCACGAUCAUAGACGCCCCGGGACACAGGGACUUCAUCAAGAACAUGAUCACCGGGACGUCGCAGGCGGACUGCGCCGUGCUGAUCGUGGCGGCGGGCACGGGAGAGUUUGAGGCGGGCAUCUCGAAGAACGGGCAGACGAGAGAGCACGCCCUGCUGGCCUUCACCCUGGGAGUGAAGCAGCUCAUCGUCGGAGUCAACAAGAUGGACUCCACGGAGCCGCCCUACAGCGAGUCUCGCUAUGAGGAGAUCAAGAAGGAAGUGAGCAACUACAUCAAGAAGAUCGGCUACAACCCGGCGGCAGUGGCGUUCGUGCCCAUCUCGGGCUGGCACGGGGACAACAUGCUGGAGCACUCGGACAAGAUGUCGUGGUUCAAGGGCUGGAACGUGGAGCGCAAGGAGGGCAAGGCGGAGGGCAGGACCCUGAUCGAGGCCCUGGACGCCAUCCUGCCGCCCAGCCGCCCCACGGAGAAGCCCCUGCGCCUGCCCCUGCAGGACGUGUACAAGAUCGGCGGCAUCGGCACGGUGCCCGUGGGCCGGGUGGAGACGGGCGUGCUGAAGCCCGGCAUGGUGGUGACCUUCGCGCCCGCCAACAUCACCACGGAGGUGAAGUCGGUGGAGAUGCACCACGAGGCGCUGACGGAGGCGGUCCCCGGGGACAACGUGGGCUUCAACGUGAAGAACGUGUCGGUGAAGGAGCUGCGUCGCGGCUACGUGGCGGGCGACUCGAAGAACAACCCGCCCCGGGGAGCCCAGGACUUCCUGGCGCAGGUGAUAGUGCUGAACCACCCCGGCCAGAUCUCGAACGGCUACACGCCCGUGCUGGACUGCCACACGGCCCACAUCGCCUGCAAGUUCGCCGAGAUCAAGGAGAAGUGCGACCGCCGUACCGGCAAGACCACGGAGGAGAACCCCAAGUCCAUCAAGUCGGGCGACGCGGCCAUCGUGAACCUGGUCCCCAGCAAGCCCAUGUGCGUGGAGUCCUUCCAGGAGUUCCCCCCGCUCGGCCGGUUUGCCGUGCGCGACAUGAGGCAGACCGUGGCUGUGGGAGUCAUCAAGAGCGUGACCCCGAAGGACUUGAGCUCGGGCAAGGUGACGAAGGCCGCGGAGAAGGCCCAGAAGAAGAAAUAACUAGCUGUCUUGUUUGGUCCACACUCGGCGGGAGGCACGCAGCUCUCUGCCUUGCCGACUGUCAUCCUCCAUCUUUGCUUUUUCAACGUGAGCUGCCUCUUCUUGUUUUCCAGUUGGCUGCUGAAACCCUGUUUCCAUCGCAAAGAGUUUCGCAGGAAAGGCGGGCUUGUACACACGGAUCAAUUUUUAGCCCCGCCCGUUUUUUAUUAAUUUUAUUACUUGCAAAUAUCGCAGAGCAGAGUUUAUUGAAAAAAAAUCGGGAAUUGCGACGAAGAUAACUUUUAUUUGAUAUUUUGUGAUGAAGUGGAAGAGGAAGGAAACAUUUUUAUUUUUCAUUCCUUUGUUUUCCAUGUUCCUCAUAAGUGUUAACAGUUUCAGCUUCUGUACAUAUUUGUGGUAACAAAAGGGCCAAUAAAGAAGCUUUGAAUCAUGA